AUGCUCCUGAACGUUGAACCAGAAGGUGGAAAUCAAACAGCUCCUGUGGUGUUUAUUCUCCUGGACUUUAAUAGUGAGGUUCUACACAUGUUAUUGUUUAUAUUGUUUCUAGCUAUGUAUAUUGCAACGAUGGCUGGCAACAUCCUCAUUGUUAUUCUGGUGGUCACUGAUCAGCACCUUCAGACACCCAUGUAUUUCUUGCUCGGGAACCUAUCCUGCCUGGAAACCUGCUACAGCUCAACCAUCAUGCCGAGGAUGCUGGUCAGUUUUCUGAGUGGGGAUAAAUCCAUUUCCAUUAGUGGAUGUUUUGCACAACUUUAUUUCUUUUGCUAUCUUGGAACUGCAGAAUGCUACUUUUUAGCAGUGAUGUCUUAUGAUCGUUAUUUAGCAAUAUGUAAACCAUUGCAUUACUCAAUGCUCAUGAAUGGCAGAAUUUGCAGCCUGUUGAUUGCUGGGUCAUGGAUAAUUGGAACACUACCUGUCAAUAUUUGUAUACCUUGGGUGUCUCAGUUGAAUUUUUGUGGACCCAACAAAAUUGAUCAUUUCUUCUGUGAUUUGACCCCAGUGAUAAGACUUUCCUGCAAUGAUACUCAUUUGGUUGAAAUGACUGUCUUCAUAUUAUCCUCCAUAGACACUCUGCCCCCUUUCCUAAUAACCAUUACUUCUUAUAUUUGCAUAAUCAAGAGUAUUUUAAGAAUCCCAUCCACCACUGGGAAACAAAAAGCAUUCUCUACCUGCUCCUCUCACGUCACAGUGGUUGCUUGUUUUUAUGGCUCAUUGAUGAUUGUCUAUGUCUUACCAGACAUGAGCUCCUUGAGUGAACUAAAGAAAGUCUUCUCUCUCUUCUACACUUUGCUCACUCCUCUGAUCAAUCCCCUCAUAUAUAGCUUAAGGAACAAAGAGGUAAAGGAAGCACUUAAAAAAACUUUCAAAAUCCUUUAUGGAACUCAUAAAAUAAUUGGAGUGGGGAAUAGUUAA